UUUUUAUUUUAUCUGUUGUUUUGGUUCGGUUUAUUAAAUAGAAAACUAAUUAAAAAUGGAUGGCAUGACCGAGGACAUGUGGACGCCAUGCAAGCAUCUUUAUGGCACACUGCAGCAGGCGAUUGCCCAGCCAAAGGAUCUCAUUGGCGAUCUGGAGCAGUGCCUCAAGAAGAACAAACAUAACUUUACCAAUUUUCUACGCAACCCGCCCAAGAAUGAGAAAAGCCGAAAUCAGAUAAGGGCCGGACUCACGGAAGGCAUACCACUGGGCGCCCAGGGCCACAAGCUGAUACUGUCUCAGGAUCUGAUCGAUGAGGCCAUCAUAUUGUCGGACAUGUUCGAUCUGGAUGAGCUGAUCGCCGUGGAGCUGCUGUACACGGCCCAGCGUCAGCAGAUGCAUCAUCCGGGGCUGCCCCGUGGCCUGGUUGCCGUUUUGCUCUACUAUGAUGGCCGCAAGGCCAUGGCCUGUGCCCUGCGCGAUCUGAUGCAGACGAUGAGUGGCGUGUCCUGGGUGACAGAGCUGCCCAGAGAGUUCCUUUCGUUGGUGAAUAAUUAUGUGCAGAAUCUGACGGAGGAAUCGAAUUUGUUGUCCCGCCUGCUGGAUAUACUCGCCGAAAUGGAUGUGGUCAAGGAGAACCUUAUGCUGACCAAAAAUCGCGCCUUUGGCUCCACAAAGCAUCAGAAUCAAGUGCUGGCCUUGUACGAGGACAUCCGCAAGGCUGUGGCCAUGAGCCUCUUCAAUUAUUCGGCCCAACGUGGCCUGCCCCGCGGCAAUGCCAUACGUCUGAUGAAAAUGCUCGCGGCAUGCAAAUGCAACGACAAUGCAGGCGGCAAUAUCGAUGAUGUGACAGUCAUUAUGCUGAUGGCUCUGCUGUACUCCUAUGAUACGUCCGUGCUGCUGAGCUCGGAUGUGGUUAAUCCAUACACGGGCCGGUUGCCCAUCAUGUGGGAUCCAGAGUUUGCCAAGAGCUUCCACGAGGCCUUGUACGCCCAGGCCAAAUGGCAGAUGCCGCGCCUCGAUGCCAUCAUCAAGUACAGCUUUGCCCUGGCCCUGGCCAGCCUGCGGCAUGCGCCCAGCCAGAUGCAGGCGGCCGCCAGUGCGCUGAUACCACGCGAUGAGCAGCUAAUGGAUGAGGCACUGGCCUCCAAUGUCCUUGGUUUCAUAUACCGUCAGUUGCUGGAGAAUGAAAUGAUUUACAACACGGAGUUCAUUUAUCGACGGGCGCAUCUACUGAUCACCGAUUUCAUUGAUUUCAUGCAUGCCAAAGUGGCCGAGCUGCGCAACCGGGCGGACGAGUCCGCGCGCACGGUGAUUAGUUUCCUGAAUGAAGGCCUCGAGCCGCCACCAAAUCUGGACGCAAACUUCGAGCUGCUAAUGCUGUGCGUGUCCCGUCUCUACGGCGAUCGACGGGCCAGCCACACCCUGUGCAACGAGUAUUGGGGGGCCAGCGACACGGCCACAUCAGCCGGCAGCGGCGGCGGCGGCGGCGGCGGCAGCGGCAGCGGCAACGGCAACAAUGCCGGCCUCUAUCCCAUGAACAACACCCGGGCUGUGUCCCUAUUCAAGUUUAUAUCCUUGGCCAGCGAACUGCUGCCACAGACGCUGUUCAAGUCGUACCUGAAGAUGAUCACGGGCCUCACGCGCACCGAGCUGUCGGCCCGCAGUGCCUUCAAUCUGCUCAAGAACACGCCGUCGGGUUCCUCGAGCUUUUCGAUGGGCUGGGACCACUUCUUUCAGGCAUUGGCCAGCUACUACAGCAACAUGCGCACGGAUGCCUUCAGCGCUAUGGCCCCGGGCAGUGCCUCGAAUGGCGAUCUUUUCAUGCGGCGAGCCCUGCAGCCCCGGAACAUAACUCAGCGCGAAACGGAGCAUCUGGUGGCUGUGAUGGGGAUUAUGCGCGCGGUGGCCGAGCACGAUCGCGUGUCCCGGGUGAUGAUGUGCGAUCAGGCCAGCUGGCAGGCGCCACAGGUGCUGCUGGGCCUGGUGGCAUGUGCCACACCGCUGGCCCUCAAGGCAGAGAUCAUGUUUACGCUGGCAGCCUUGGCCAAGUCCAAGGAGACGGCGCGUGCCAUUUGGUUCCAGCUGGAGGACUCGCAGAUAAUACCCACGGUGGUGACGACGGCAGCGGCCGGACAGAGCCCGUGCAGCCUGGCCGAGGAGAUCGAGCAGAACGAGAGCCGUCUCGAGUCGUACAAUUUGAGUCGCGGCGUUCUCCAGCUGCUCCACACACUGAUGACCACCCAUAUGCCCAGGAGCUUGGGCGCCGGCCCGCGGCACCCUGGCUACGAUCCGUAUUUCAAUUUCCUGAUGGACUCCAUAAUCCUCAGGGUCUACAAUCGCACGUACAAGGACCCCAGCGAAAUGUGGGAGGUGGCCGCAAAGGGAUUGAAGCUUUUAUUCUAUCUGCUGGCCACGUACCGGCCGAAGGCCAGCGAUUUUAUGGAAUUGCGCGACGAGCAUCCGUAUCCGGGCUACCAUGUGAUGCUGCAGCUGCAGGUGAAAUCGCAUCUAUUGCAGCUCCUGUUGCGCAUCAUCGAGGAUACCCGCGAGCGGCUGGACGAGUACAGGCGCUUUCGUGGCAAGGAACAGCUGGAGGAGUGCGCCCUGUACGCCCUACUGCUGCUCGAGGUGGCGGUGGCCAAACAGAAUGCCUUCUUCGAGGCCCACUCGUCCGCCAAUAGUCCCAUUCUGCUGUCGGGACUGAACCGGAUGCUGUUGGACAUCAAUCCGCGCACCCGACGACCCGAUUACGUGGUGAAAAUCAUUAAGUUUGUGACCUACAACAAUUGGCUGCCGCGUCACUCGCUGGCGGCCAUCAAGAUACUGAGCGCGGUGACCAUGCUGCCGAACGUCCCCUCACAGAUCCUCAAUAUGUAUGCCCUCGGCAGCAACGAGAAGCUCGAGGUGCGCCAGGGGUUUGUCGAGUGCCUGGAAAUGGACGCCCGUUUGGCCCAAAAGAACGAAGAGCUCCUCGAUUCGAUUGUGCUCAACGACUAUCAGGCCAUGGGCGAUGUGCUCCACCACGGAGGGCAUCAGCCGCCGAGUGUGGCCGUCGACGAGGAUGAAUCGGAGGCGGACAUCACCGGUCCCGAGGACGGGGACACCACCUUGGGCCCAUGCUACGAAGUGGUGGCCCUCAAUGAGAAGAUGCCCGUCGGCAUUGAUCUGCAGAUCAAAGAGGCUGUGGUCGAGCUCUUUGGACUCAAUCUGUGUCAAGCGCCGCCGAAUUUCGUUUACUUUCUGCUGGGCAUCGAUGUCCUCAGGGACUUUAUGGCCAGGGAUAAGCAGCAGGUCGGCAUUGAAAUGCAGUGCUGUUGUGUGCAUUCCUUGGUUUUGGUCCUGGAAAAGUAUCUCGAGAGCCAACGGCACAGCCAGGAGAAAUACUGCCCCUAUACGGCCCAUCUGGUGGAGAGAGUCUAUCAGCUGUUCCAGGGCCUGUGCGCCAAUCGUCGGACUUCGGAGACCAUCCUGCGCUUCUUUCGCUUGACCUGCAAUGACUUCCUGCUGCGCCAUCUGAGCGCCAUGCCGUUUCGCCGCCACCGCGAGGAUCAUAUGCUGCACGCCAUGAGCCAUUUGCUCAAUUGUGUGGCCGUCGAGGUGCGCCUGGCGGCCAAUCAUGGCCAGAUGACGCGCUACAAUCUGUUGUGCGACAUACUCCUGCUGGGCGGCCAGUCGGAUGGGCUGCGUGCGAAUCCCGGCAUGCCGCAGGACCUCAACAACGACAUACUGAGUGGCACAGCCUCCGCCAGCUUCUAUGGCCUGGACGUGGGCCCCGUCGCGGCGGCCGUUAAGAUACCCGCGAUGCCCGAUAAGACCCAAGGACUGCAUGCGAAUCGUUUGCUGGAAUGUCUGGUGCUCGAGGUGAAUGCCACAGCGCCCCAGCCGCAGCUGGAGUUCUUCGAUCCGGUGCUGACGACAACGGUGCUCAAGGAAUGCGAGGCCCGCCCCCGACAGAGUCCAGGCAGCGACAGUAAGAGCGGAACUGCCUCGGGCUCUGAGCCAUACCUGAUGAUAAACAUCCGCAAACUCCACGACGUCCUGCACGAAGAGCUGCGUACGGUGCAGAGCACCAUUGCCACGGGCCAGCGCAAGGCCAUCAGUGGGGAGAUCACCGUGCUGCUGCAGUACGCCGUCGAGGUGAACCGUGUGCGGACACAGCGCAUCGCCACGCUGAGGUUUGUGGAGGCGUGGUGCCAGCUGGUGCAGAUACUGUUCAGCAGCAUGCCCGAGGUCCUGCUGCCGCCGGCCCUGAGGCGUCAGUACAUCAUUGAUAUCAUCGAGAAGAUGCUGCUGAAGGUGGAGCCCGUGCAGCCGCUAAUCGAGAUCUCCAUAGAGAUCACCGAAACGAUCCUGCUGCUGCUGGCCAAUCUGCGCAUCUGCUAUUACCAGCUGGAGGAUCAGCGGACCAGCGAUGAUAGCGAUGUGGCCGCCGCCCAAAACGGCGACAACAGCCUGGUCAACGGCCCGCUCUCCCUUUCGUAUUCGCACGCCCAUUCGCAGUCGAACCUCAGCGGCACAAUGACGGGCAGCACGAGCAAUCUGCGCUUCAUCCUGAAACGCAUCGUCGAGUGGAUCAUGGUGAGCGGCGUCAAGUCGCAGAAGCUGCGCAUCAAUCUCUAUACGGCUUUGCUCAAUUGCCUGCGGAUCGUGAAGCGUCUGCGCACCGAAGAGGAGGUGGACUUUCAUGAAAGCAUUGCCUCGCGCCUGGAGAAAUCGCAAAAGGCCGUCUCCGAUCAGCGGCACGAGGAUAAGGACCGGCUCAAGGAGAUGGCCGCGGAGGUGAUCGGGGUCUAUGGGGAGAAGCUGAUUGAUUCGAUCUGCCACGAUGCGGUGACCGGACACGAUGUGUGCCGCAUGCUGGCGCUGGCCUGCCUGGAGAUGAUCUCUGAACUGGAUGCGGUGAGCACGCUCACCGAAUUUGUGGUGUCGCGCGGCUACCUGAAGCACCUGCUGGACAACGUCGCAGAAUCGGACGAUGCCCUGAGCGCGAUCCUGCAACCGGUGCCGGACAAUCUGCGGCAGUUGUACGUGUACGAGGCGCGUUUGGCCUUCCUCACGCGACUGUCGCAGACGGGUGCCCGCAUGUUGCUCGCCGAAGGAGCCCUGGGCGUCCUGUCCAAUAUGCGGGUGUACGACCUGCAGCCGGACCUGAAAGCCAACCAGUUGCGAAAAGAUCCGGAGGGCUUUCUCCCGAACACGUAUAAGCGUUUCCAUUCCAUCCUGCAGCCGGCCCUGGCCCUUUGCGAUGGCAUUGUCAGCUCCCUGGGAUCGCAGAACGAUUCGGCCGCCCACCAGGUGCUCAACUUUCUGUUCGCCCACAUGGACAUGGUCGAGACGAUGCUGCGCACGGCCACGCCCCUGAUGGACCUGGGGCACCUGCAGCAGCUGGCGUCGAUCACGAAUCUAUUCUCGCGCACCUCCACGCCCGAACUGUGCACCAAUAUGGCUGAUAGCUACGUGCAGGAGCGCGAUCUGGAGUUCUAUAAUCGCCUGAAUCGCUUGCAGCAGCUGAUGAUCGUGGUCUUUGGCCGUUUCACUGUGACCGAGGCCACCAUUCGCCAAAUACUCCAGCAGGAGGAUGUGGAGUCCCUGCCCGAGAGCCAGAAGAGUCGUCACGUCAAGUAUUUCCUGGACAUUGCCGCCAAUCUGUCGCUCUAUUGCCGCCAUGCGGUGACCAGUCAUGUCCGCGACAGCACCACCUCCAAGUUUCUCCUAACGACGAUAGUCAAUGAUGUUACACCACUGACUGGCAGGACAGACGGCAAGAAGCUGACGGCCAUUAUGCACACAAUCAUCGAACAGCUGAAGGGCUCCGUGGGCUACUACCAUUCGCAGAAGUCGCAUGCCGACAACCUGCUGGAGCAGCGCUCCUCGCUGCCAAACAUCUGCUUCGGCCCGAGCGGUAAAGAAAGCUACGUGGAGCUCAGCCAGCGGCACAAGGAGAAGCGCAACGAACUGAUGCAAGCCGUCUUUAUAGCCGAACAGAAUCUGUAUUUGCUGUGGAUUCACUUGGACUUUUAUAUGCGUAAUGCGGUGAUAUUUGCCAGCGAGAAUCGCAGUGCCAUCAACGAGAGCAAUCUGGAGAGUUCCAGCGGCAACGACAGCGUCUCCGUGCUGCAUGCCACCCCCGAUGAAAUCCUUCAGCUGAAGCAGCAUCUGAUCUCCACCUUUAACGAGACUUUCUGCUCGGAGCUGAUCGUCGCCAGUGAAGAGUAUUCGGUCAAGUGCAAGGGCUUCAAUGGUUCACUGUUGCGACGCAUCAAGGCGUUGGUGCAGUUUGCUGCCUCCAAUGGGAAUGCCAACGAGAGUUCUUUCAUAUAGUCCCCCAGCCAACGCCCCCCCGCCCCUAAAAUACCCCUAAUAAAGUAAAAAGAU